CUGUCUCUGCAGAAGCAGGCGUUGGACAAAGAGUUGGACACUCUGAAAGGCAAACUAAAGUGGACGGAGGGACAGCUGCAGGAGAGCCAGAAGAAAGAGGCACAUACACAAGCCAAGCUGACGGAAGCGCUGCGUGAGGCUGAGGGUGUGGCCGUCAGUCUGGAGCAGAGCAGGAAGAGAGAGCGCGCUCUGGAGGAGGAGGGGAGGAGGCUGGCAGAGGAGCGAGCCGACGCCCUUCGUCUCCUCAAAGAGCUGCAGGAGGAAAAAGCUGUCCAGGCACCCCCCCAGCAACCCGUCCAGUUUUGCCCUGUUGGACAGAGUUUCUCUCCUCACCCCUCUUACUCUCCACAUUCUGGUCCACCAACUCACAUCAAGAGGCCCCGCGCUGCCACCUUAGCCGAGCAGAAGAGGGAGGAGGACCUGGAUUUGGAAAAGAGAAGGGCCGAGAUCGCAGCAUCUUACCCCGCGGACAGAGAGCCGGGCGAAGGCAGAGAUGCAGAACACAUCACUGACCGCCUCUCCCCUGACUCAGAGUGCUUUCACAGGGGGGACACACACAGAGGAAACAGUAGUGAGGAGAACAACAGUAGAAAUGAAGUGAUAAAGAGUGACAGCACUGGGACAAACAAGCACACAUUUGAUGAAGCCCUCUCUAGUUCCUCUCCCUCUGAUGCUGGUACGCCCACUAACAUAUCCAUGGAUGUUGAUCAAUGUAGUCCAAACCUUUGUGCUGAAGAAACUCCUUCACUCAAGCCCUCUGAAGAUCUCAAAAGGGAGAAUGCCUCACUGCGGUCAGAGCUACAGGACGCAGAGGAAGAACUGCAGAAACGACUUGAGGACCUGGAAGCUCAAAGACGGGCGGAGACAGAAGCCAGGACCCGGCUGAAACAACUCGGCCGCAAACUUGCCGGCCAGACUGCAGAGAAGGACGAGCAGGAGAAGCAGUGGAGGGCUCAGCUGGAGAGUGAGAAGGAGGAGACGGAGAGGUUGAGGAAGGCCAUGGCUGCUCUGGAGAUGGAGAUGACAAGAGGGAGAGAGGAAACAGAAAGGAAGGAGAUCCAGGAACAGGAGGAGGGGAAAAACAAAGCACUAGAAGACCGGGAGAGUGAAAUGAUGGAACUUAAUAUCCAGCUAAAGAAACAGCUCGGGGAGGUUAAAGCCCAGCUGGCUUUAGAACGAGAAGAGAGAGGAAGAGAGGAAGAUGAGAGAAGGCAAAGGACAGAGACAGACCAGGAGCAGCUGGAACAACUUCAAGCUGAGCUGGAGGAACUGAAGCUCAGCAGAGAAGAAGACUCGCUGGGAGAGGACAAACUCUCAGUUGCCAACAGCCCGCUGACUUACCUGUCUCUCCGUGACGAUGAGUUCAACUCCAACAUCGAUCGCUGUGACAACAAGCUCCUCCCCUCCCCGGAGCAGCACCUCCUCUUCUGCCAGUCCACCAACCAGCGCAACAUGCUGGCGUCUCAGGCCUCAGGCGGUCUCAUGACCCAGGGGGAUCAAACAGUGAUAGAGUCUGUACACUCACCUCUGUCCAAUGAGGGGCACACCGCCUCUGACCGUGAAGACCACCAGCAAAACUAUCUGAGAGGGUCUUCCCCGUCAGACCAAUCCCUUUCUGAUCUGCAGGAGGUUGAGACCACCUCUUCAAAUGUUGCUAAAGAGGUGGAGUGCCUGCAGAAGCAGACUGCAAAGGAGACAGAACGUGCAAAUCAGUACCAGGUUAAACUGGAGGCGCUGCAGGGCCAGGUGACACGUCAGACAAAGCAGCUCACCAUGGCCUUUGAGAAUCAGAGCCAGCACAUCUCUGGUCUGUUAGCUGAGCUGCAGGAGAAGGACAGCGCCCUCCUCAGCCAGGGAGAGGAACUGCAGCGCCACAAGCAAGAGCUGGAAGUGCUCAAGACCCACUCUGAGGAGAAGAAAAGAGAAGGGAUGACGGUCAAAGAGGUGGAGCACGGUGAACAACAAGAGACACGAGUUGAGAGGUCGAUUCAGUCACAUCAGGAAAAUAAGUGUGCGGUCACUGUGCUCGAGACAAACUCAGCUAAAGACGGUGUCUCUGAGAGAGACGCAGGUCAACUAGAGAGUGUGACUCAGAUUAACCAAGACUCUGCUUGUGUGAUGGGUGAGACUCAAGGUGGAGGAACAGCAGAUGUGAAUGCAGAACCGCUCGCACUAUUGGCCAAUCAGAAGCUGAGACUAGAAGGAGUGAGUAUCUCAGACUCCAGGGCCCCAGCUGCACACACUGACAGUGAAAACAAACACGACUCAGUUAAACAAAGCCAAGACACAGGAAAUGCUGCUGUGUGCUGCUUGGAGGAACAGAGGUCACCUAGUGUGCCGACUGACAUCAGCUCUGACGCACGCCCGCAGGAUGUUAGCGGGAGGGGAGAUGAAGGUGGAGACUCAGAACGGGACGAUGGGAGGACUUCAAAGGCUGAAGAGGAGCAGGAGGCAGAGCUUCAGAUCGACCGACUGCAUCAACAGGUGGAGGAGCUGCAGAGGAGGCUGCGCUCUCUCUCCGCAGAGACCCAGCAGCAGUCCCAGGAGCUCGUCAUGUGGAGACUGGCCUCCAAACCAGCCCCAACACUCGACCAGACCCUUCCCAACACAGACAACCAGUCUGAGACCCCAGAACAGAUUCCUGCUGUCAGACGGUCCCAGGCAGACCAGCAGCCGGGGGAUGAGAUGACCCCGGGCCCGGCGCCUCCCCUGGGUCUGCAGGAGAGCCCCGAAUAUGUGACAGUCAUCAGAGAAGACGAGUUACUCCUGUCCUGCUCCUCCAACAAGCUGCAGGGCCGCAUGUUGUUCUCCAGACUUCAGCACAGCAACCUGCCCGAACCCAAGAGUCUCCAUCCCUCCAAAAACACUGCAGAGCUUCUUCAACACAAUGACACCAUCGACAAGGAGUCUGAAAAAGAAAACCAGGAGAUCAACUUCUUGCAUCAGUCCAACACGUUUCAAACACAACACAAAGAGAGGAGAGACACUGAAGUUAUCCAAAUGAUCUCUGAGAAAACAGGGCAACCACAUUCCAACAAAGAGUUCCUGAAGGUCUCGGGGCCGAAGCAGACCAUAUCAUCUGAGUGUCCUCCUGAGGCCACACCUGAUGCUCUCACAGCAACCAGCGAAACAAACACAACCCAUGGUUCCUCAGGGAAACAUGGCAGGACAGAAAUGAAAAGUGUCAGCAGUCAAACGGAAGAGAGUUUGAACCCUCGCAGUGCUCCACCUGAACUCCACUGUGCGCACACACAGACUGAGGAAGAGGAGGAGGAAGAGUUGGUAGAAUCCCCUCCUGUCUCUCCUAUCACACGAUCUGAGGCAGCAGAGUUAGGACUCAAGGUGUUGUUUUCGGGUUCCUUCCCCAUCCCGUCUGACCCGGCCCGUCUGGCUGAACGAAUCCGACGCAACAGGACGCAGCUGUCGGCUGCCUUCGACGACACAGAGUACGAACCCUACGGACUGCCGGAGGUCGUCAUGAAAGGUUUUGCCGACAUCCCCAGCGGUCCUUCGUGUCCCUACAUCGUGAGGAGAGGUUUGUUAGGGACGUCUGUGGUGCCUGCGCCUCAGAAAGACAGGAGACAGGAGGAGGAGACGGAUUAAAGCACAGCUACAGAGAUCUGGUGAAAGAACUGAUCACAGCGGCUUGAAGAGGAACCUCAGUGAUGGCAGCUCUUCAGCCUCUCUGUCACCAUCGCUCUGAAGCAUCAGACCAGCGCAGGGCCCGUGUAGAGAGCUGCUCUCACACAGGGACCUCUGGGUGUGAACAGGUAACUGGGCCUGCAGAGGGAACACUUCCACUGUGCAUUUAUAUCUAAAUGAUCACUAGUUUAUCCUCCAAUGACUGUGUGGAGACUCUGACCUCCAUCACGAGGGUGUCACCUGUAUGUCUGUGUGCAGAGGUACAGAGUUAGGGAUGUUUGUUGAUGUUUAUUUGAAGUUUACAACCACUUUUCCAAAGGGACUGUUUUAGUUUGUAGUCUCCACUGUGGGUCUAGCUUCAGCCAGCUUUGAAUGAAACAGUGCCUAGUUCAUGCUUUUCCUAAACAAGUGCGUGUCAAGAUAAGUUUGACUUACUUUCCAAAGAGAGGCCUGUUGGGGAAAUUAGAUUAGUUUAUUUCCUUCUUUUUAUCCUUGAGGGCUUAUUUAUGGACACUUGAAUGUGUUUCAGUAGAAGGCGUGCGCGUGUGUGUGUGAGAUCAGCUGUGAAUAUGGACAUGUGUGUCCUCUUCUUGAUGUGUGUGUAGGAGAGAGAGGGGGUGAGCACAUGUCUAUGACUCAGUGUAACCUGUGUUGUUUCCGCUCCAUGUAUGGUGAUACACGCUGCGCUCCCUCUCUGCUCCUUCGGCUGCUUUGCUUCUCUGUCUUACACUAACGAGCACUCAGUGGUUGAAUCAACCCAAAAAAAUCAUUUUAAGCUUUACUUUAUUAGCAUAAAGACAAUUUCAGAUAGCUUAUAUAAUUUAUUUGAGUGAUGAGAUAUGACGUUGUCGAUAGAUUUGGGAUCUUGCACAUUUGUUACUUUGCUUAGAUAACGGUAGCCCACAUGUAGAUGAACACUGUAGAUUUUGUAGAUUUUGUAGAUAAGUUUGUAGUACCGGUAUAUGUACAGUUUGUGUUACGCCCUACGACAGGGGAUCUCUCUACUUUGCUGGCUUGCAAGCUUUGUAAGUAAGAGGAUGGGUUCAUAUUGUUUUCAUGUCCAAGGCUGCAAGAUAUGCAAAUAUUUUGGGCUACAAAAAGGUUUAUAUGGAGCAAAGAAAAUGCCCUGUCAUCAAGUCUGCCUUAAAACUCUCAGAGACCCACGUGUACAUUGACAUCUUCAGCUUGGUUGCAAAAGGGACGGAUAAAUUCACAACGUUUAUUCAAAUGCAGUUAUCCAUGAACUCUUGUCUGCAAACCAUUUUUCUGAGAUUCAAUACAUGUCUAUAGUGUUACACCGCUAGCAAACAGUCACUUGCCGAUGUUUGAUAGAGUAGUAACACAGAGAGGUCACUAGAACUUUACAGGAUACCCGCUCCAUUUGUUUUGCUGAAGUUUCAUAUUAGCUUGAGUGGGUUUUGUUACUGAUUAAGGACACUACAAUAGCUUUAAAACAUCUUUGAAAGGACACGAGCAACAAUUACAGCAUUCAUUAUUUAAAUGUUAUACAUUGGAGAGCAAGUUUUUUAUUUUUUAAGACGGAUUGAAACAAAUGUGAACUUAUCCUUUGAAACCCCGCUGAGAUUUUUCAGUGGAUGUUUUUUGGCAUAUUUGUGUUAAAAGUGAUUUAUUUAAAUUUUAAUUACAUAUUUCAUUUUAUUGAGCGGUAGAAUCCUUUCCACCUGGCCUUGGUUUGUUGACCUAGUCAGAGAAGUGUGGACUGUCCUGACUCCAUGCCAUCACUAUUUAUUUGCCAUGUGUACACACACACACACACACACACACACACACACACACACACACGCACACACACUCUUGCAUUCUGCCUUAACAUCUCUGGGAUCUGUAGUCUUUUGGCAGUGAGCUGGGGUUGACUUGAUGUAUUUGUUGCCUUGUUUUGGACACUCCAUGUCUGAAUGUAUCUGUGUUGUGUUUGCGGCAAAAAUAAAAGACUUGCUCGUAAUUUAA